UUUUUUCCAUUACUCUUUCUUCCUGUGCCUCCAAGCGCGCGCAGUCACACUAAGGAAGAAGAAGAAGACGCAACUUGCCGACGAAUUCUCUCUGAAGAUGGCGGCAAAAUCUUCUUCACCACAAGACUAUGAGUCAUUGAAGGAGCUUGUUAGACAUCAUAUAGAGUCUUUUGACUACAUGAGCCAAUCUGGUGGAUUAGAAAAGACGCUUCGGGAGAUCAAACCAGUUGAAGUAUACGACAGUUUUUCCAAGGAAAAGCUUAGAAUCUUUUUUGGCGAUCCUAUGAUAUACCCACCUAGAAAGGAGCGAGCUUCUGGGUCAUCUCAUGAUGCUUUAUAUCCCUUUGAAUGUAGACAAGCAAAAAUUUCAUAUACAGGGAAGUUCACUGCUGAUAUUUUCUUUCAGUAUGGUGAUAGAGUUCCUAUUAGAGAAAACUUUAAUUUUGGACAGUUCCCCAUAAUGCUCAAGUCAAAGCUUUGUCACUUGAGAGGCGCUGAUAAGAAAAAGCUCCUUGCUUGCAAAGAAGAGUUAUCGGAAGUGGGAGGGUACUUCGUAUUGAAUGGCUUGGAAAGAGUUGUCCGACUCAUAAUUUUGCCAAAGAGAAAUUAUCCAAUGAGUACAAUUCGGAGCUCAUUUCGUGAAAGACGUGAAGGUUAUACUGAUAAAGCUGUUAUAAUAAGGUGUGUACGAGAAGACCAAUCUGCUGUAACACUGAAAUUAUAUUAUCUCAGUAAUGGAAGUGCGAGGAUUGGUUUCUGGAUACAGGGGAGGGAGUUCUUGCUUCCCGUUGGAAUUCUUCUUAAGGCCUUUGUUGAUACGUCAGAUCAUGAAAUCUAUGUUAGUUUGACAAGUUGCUACGAUGAGAAAUAUCAGGGGGAAAAGGGAUCUGUUGGUACUCAGCUUGUGGGUGAAAGGGCAAAAAUUAUCCUUGACGAAGUGAGAUACAUGUCUCUCCUCACACGUUCCCAGUGUCUGCAGCAUAUUGGUGAAUACUUUCAGUCUGUUAUGGAUGGACUGGAAAAAGAGAGUUACUCUACGGUUGCUGAAAUUGUUCUUAAAGACUACAUAUUUGUUCACCUUGAAAACAAUCAAGAUAAAUUCAAUCUUCUCAUAUUCAUGCUACAGAAACUUUUUUCUCUUAUAGACCACACUUCGCUGCAAGACAAUGCUGAUGCUAUGCAAAAUCAGGAGGUGUUACUCCCUGGUCAUUUGAUUACAUUAUAUCUAAAGGAAAAGAUGCAGGAAUGGCUGUUAAAGGUUAGAGGGCUUCUUCAAGAUGAAAUUAAUAAUAAAAGCAAGAGUUUUGACAUCACUAGCUUGGAAGAUGUGAAGAAGGUGUUAGAUAAAAAUCCUACAAAGUCAAUUGGUUUAGCUAUUGAGAAUAUGUUGAAAACUGGAAAAAUUGUUAGCAAAUCUGGAUUGGAUUUACAGCAGAGAGCUGGGUUUACAGUUAUGGCAGAGAGGCUUAAUUUUCUUCGUUUUAUUUCUCAUUUUCGGGCUGUUCAUAGAGGAGCUGCAUUUGCUGGACUGCGUACUACUAGUGUGAGGAAGUUGUUACCAGAAUCCUGGGGUUUCCUUUGCCCAGUUAAUACACCUGAUGGAACUCCAUGUGGGCUGCUCAACCACAUGACUUCUUGUUGUUGUAUUACAUCGUAUUAUGACUCUCAAGGAAAAGUUCGGGAAUUCUUCAAUAUACGGAAGUCAAUUCUCAGUGUCUUGAUUGGAAUUGGCAUGUCACCCUUAUCACCAAAUCUUGUGCAAGUUGGUCUGCCAAAAUUUAUUUCAGUUCUUUUGGAUGGCUCUGUUGUUGGAUGCAUUCCAGUUGAUAUUGCAGAGAAAGCUGUCAGUCAUUUGCGGAAGUUAAAACUUUCACCCAAUUCCAUGAUUCCUGAGGAUCUGGAGGUGGGAUAUAUCCCAUUGAGCAUGGGUGGAGCAUAUCCUGGGUUCUAUCUAUUCACUUCGCCCUCUAGGUUUGUUCGACCUGUAAGAAACAUCUCUUUUCCUACCGAGCCAGGUUGUGACAUCGAGCUUAUUGGCCCCUUUGAGCAGGUUUAUAUGGAGAUCAGGUGUGCUGAUGGGGGUGAUGGUGGGAGGAGAAAUAACUCUCCUGCCACUCAUGAAGAAAUCCAUCCAACGGGAAUACUCAGUGUGGUUGGAAAUCUCACUCCCUGGUCCGAUCAUAAUCAGAGCCCACGAAACAUGUACCAAUGCCAGAUGGCAAAACAAACAAUGGGUUUCUCUUCACAAUCAAUUAAUUGCCGUGCAGACCAGAAACUAUAUCAUCUUCAGACACCUCAAAGUCCAAUUGUUCGCACCAAGACUUAUGAAAAAUAUAACGUAGAUGAAUUCCCACUGGGUACAAAUGCAAUUGUGGCAGUUUUGGCCUACUCAGGAUAUGACAUGGAGGAUGCUAUGCUCCUGAAUAAGUCAUCUGUGGAACGAGGGUUGUGUCAUGGGCAAAUAUAUCAGACUGAAACUAUUGAUUUAGCCGAAUUCAGUGGAAAGAAUGACCGCGCUCAGAAAUAUUUCAGACGAAGCAAUUUGGACAAGUCUACUCAUUCUGUGAUAGAUACAGAUGGACUUCCAUUUGUUGGCCAGACAAUAUAUCCCGGGGAUCCAUAUUAUAGCGUCUAUAAUGAGGUAACUGGUGAAUCAAGAACAUUUAAGUUAAAGGGUACGGAGCCAGUAAUUGUUGACUACGUGUCUGUUGAUGUGAAAAACAAGACACAUUUACAGAAGGCUAAUAUACGUCUUCGGCGAUCUAGAAACCCAAUUAUUGGUGAUAAAUUCAGUAGUAGACACGGGCAAAAAGGUGUUUGCUCUCAGUUGUGGGCAGACAGUGAUAUGCCAUUUUCAGCAGUAACAGGAAUGCGACCAGAUCUUAUAAUCAAUCCUCAUGCAUUUCCUUCUAGGAUGACAAUUGCAAUGCUUUUGGAAUCAAUUGCUGCUAAGGGCGGUGCUUUAAAUGGAAAAUUUGUGGAUGCAACACCAUUUAAUCAUACAUUGAAGAAGGGAAAGUGCGAGGGAGAAUCUGAAUCGAAGUCACUUGUUGAUGAGCUUGGUUCCAUAUUAGGGUCUCGAGGAUUUAGUUACUAUGGUACAGAGGUCCUGUACAGUGGUGUAUAUGGAGAAGAACUAACAUGCGAGAUCUUUUUUGGACCUGUGUAUUAUCAGCGUCUUCGACACAUGGUUUCAGACAAAUAUCAGGUUCGAUCUACUGGAACUUUUGACCAAGUGACUCGACAACCUAUAAAGGGUCGUAAACGUGGAGGAGGUAUUCGAUUCGGGGAGAUGGAAAGAGAUUCUCUAUUGGCUCACGGAGCAGCAUAUUUGUUACAUGAUAGGCUUCACGCAUGUUCAGAUCGUCACAUAGCCGAUGUUUGUACCAUUUGUGGAAGCAUUCUAACAUCAUCAAUUGUUCAUCAGCAAAAACGAGCGGUUAGGGAGAUUGGUGGCUUACCUCCUGGUAGAUCUCCGAAGAAGGUGGUUUGCGUUUCUUGUAAGACGAGCGAAGGAAUGGAGGAAGUGGCGAUGCCUUACGUUUUCAGAUACUUGGCGGCUGAAUUAGCUGCUAUGAACAUUAAAAUGACACUACAAAUUAGCAGUGGACCUGGAGGAGCAGGAGCUUGAGCUUUAUAAUGUAGAAUCUGAGUAUAUUAUUGUAAUGACAAUUUUGUCCCAUUUUUCACAUGGGAGAAAGAAAUUUAACUUUUUUAUUAUAUGGUUUUGGAGUCUAUUUUGUCAAGAUUACAAUGGAAAAUUGGAAAAUUUUGAAGUAUUUUUGCUUGGUGAAGUUUAAGAAUUUGUUUGUACCAUGAUUAAUUUAGUCUUUAGAUAUUGAUUCAUUUUAUGUUAUAGUGUAAUUUUUGUUAUA